CAGUCUGCCGGCCCCAUGCUGCUGAGCGGAGCUCCUCCCGCAGGCUCCGGCCCGGGGCCGCGGGCGCAGGGGGGCGCGGCGGGCGGCCCGGGGGGGUCGCGGCGGGGCGCCGGGGGUGCAGGCGCCGGCCCGGGAGGGGGUGGCAGCGGCGGGGUGGCCAAGUGGCUCCGGGAGCACCUGGGCUUUCGCGGGGGGGGCGGCGGCGGAGGGGGAAAGCCGGCGCCCCCGGAGCCGGACUACCGGGCCCCCGCGCCCUCCCCGGCCGCGCCCCCCGCGCCGCCGCCGGACAUCCUGGCCGCCUACCGGCUGCAGAGAGAGCGCGACUUCGAGGACCCCUACUCCGGGGGCCCAUCCGGCUCCACUGCCCCGGCCACCCCCGCCGCCCCGGGCCCCGCGCCGCCCCCGCGCCACGGCUCGCCCCCCCACCGCCUUAUUCGGGUCGAGACCCCCGGGCCCCCUGCCGCUCCUCCAGAGGAGCGGAUCUCUGGACACCCUGCCAGCAGCGACCGGCUGGCAAUCCUAGAGGACUAUGCGGACCCAUUCGAUGUUCAGGAGUCUGGUGACACCCCAACAGGAGCUUCAGGAGUCCCAGAGAAGGUCCCCGAAAAUGACGGCUACAUGGAGCCCUACGAGGCCCAAAAGAUGAUGGCUGAGAUCCGGGGCUCCAAGGACACAGCAGCUCAGCCCCUGCCUCUGUAUGACACGCCAUAUGAGCCAGAGGAGGAGGGGGCCACUCCGGAGGGCGAGGGGGCCGCUUGGCCCCGGGAGUCCCGGCUACCAGAGGAUGACGAGAGGCCCCCCGAGGAGUAUGACCAGCCCUGGGAGUGGAAGAAGGAGCGGAUUUCCAAAGCCUUUGCAGUUGACAUUAAGGUCAUCAAAGACCUACCUUGGCCUCCGCCUGUGGGACAGCUGGACAGCAGCCCUUCCCUGCCUGAUGGGGACAGGGACAUCUCCGGUCCAGCCUCACCCCUCCCUGAGCCCGGCCUGGAGGACAGCAGCGCCCAGUUUGAAGGCACUGAGAAGAGCUGCUUGUCACCAGGCUGGGAGGAGAAAGGACGGCUCCCUCGACUCUCUGCAGGGAACCCCAAGUCAGCCAAGCCCCUAAGCCUGGAGCCCAGCAGCCCCCUAGGGGAGUGGACAGACCCAGCACUGCCUUUGGAAAACCAGGUCUGGUACCACGGGGCCAUCAGCCGAACCGAUGCCGAGAACCUGCUGCGGCUGUGCAAAGAGGCCAGCUACCUGGUGCGCAACAGUGAGACCAGCAAGAAUGACUUCUCCCUUUCCCUCAAGAGCAGUCAGGGCUUCAUGCACAUGAAGCUCUCGAGGACCAAAGAACACAAGUAUGUGCUGGGCCAGAACAGCCCGCCCUUCAGCAGCGUCCCAGAAAUCGUGCACCACUACGCCAGCCGCAAGCUGCCCAUCAAGGGGGCCGAACACAUGUCCCUGCUCUACCCCGUGGCCAUCCGGACUCUGUAGAUGUGAGGCCCAGACACUGUGACAGAGAGGGACCCGAACCUGUGUCCUUCUGGAGCAGACACGUCAUCUCCCAAACCUUCCUUCCCCUUUCCCUGAGUGGAAGCUGGAGAUUCCUUAAUUUAUUUGAAGGGGUGGGGGGCAGGGCCCUUGGAAUUAGGAGCCAAGGCUGGAGGAGUCCCCGGGAGGGGGGAGGGAGUAGGGAAGGACUGUUCCUGGAGGAAGGCCCCCUCGGGGGUCCACACCCGCCGCUGUAGCCCCUUGCAGCCCUAGGGCAGAGGCGGCAGACCACACCCCCAAACCAGCGGUGGGCCCCGCCCAGAGUCUGGGUUGGGGGCGCGGGGGGGGGGCAGACCCCCACCCCGAGAGGCCUGGGGGCGGGGAGUGGAGGCCAGAGGCAAUAAAUAAAUGCAGUGCUGCCC